GAAGGGAGGAGAAGGGAGAAAAGCAUGGGCGCAUAUGGAGAGUCAGUCCCUCUCAUUCGAUCAACACGAUCCGCGAGUGCAUUCCGUGAACCGCAAGCGAUAAACGCGACGACGACGACGACGAUGAACGGUGGCUCUUGACUUCGCCCGUCGGUCAUCUUUUUCGAUUUGCGUCAUGGGUUGUGGACCGUCGAAGAAGUGCAAGUGGAAAAAGUCCACGCUGGGACGGGUCUCUCAGUAUCAAAUGGAGGCGUCUCAGGAACUGGACGGGCUGAAGAAGAUGCCCAUCUCCCUGGAUUGCGACAACGGAUCGACAUCGGGGAGGAUCUCGGUGAAGCGAUUCCACAACCUCAUUUACGACGGAUUCUACGCCCCAUUUCUUAAGAAUCCCUUCUACGUCGUCGUGAUCGACACGAGAAGCGAGGUAGCGUUCGUCCAUUCCCACGUCAUCACCGCCAGAUGGCACGGACACAUCAAUUUCUCCGAGAAGAACUUCGAUUUCCUCAAGUUCAGCCUCAUCGUCAUGUACGACCAGGACGGGACGGGACUCGAUAACAAAGACUCCAAUCUGAGGAAACUCUUCGACUCGCUACGAAACCGAAGGUUCGAGCCCUUGUGCCUGACUGGAGGAAUAGAGGGUAUCGAGGCAUCGUGCCCGUAUCUGCUGACCAAGAACCAAUUCCCGAUCCGCGAACGAAGCAUCACACUCAACUGGUAUCCUCUGAUGAUCCAGGAGGGAAGCCUUUAUCUGGGACGGGCCGAUCAAGCCCUGAAUCCGGCGAUCGUGAGGAGCCUGGAUCUGACGCAUAUCGUCUGCCUCACGGAUACGAUUCCGAUCGGGAUAUUCCCCACGGUCUCGUAUCUCAUCUGUCCCUUGUGCGAGGAGUCACCCGCAGAUCUGCUUCAAAAGCUCCCCACCAUCCUUCAGUUCAUGAGGGAGGCCACGCUUCAGAAGGGACGCCUCCUCGUUCACUGCGACCAGGGAGUUAAUCGAAGCCCCGUGGUGGUCAUGGCGUAUUUGAUGACGACUCUGUGUUGUUCUCUGGAGGACGCUUACUACUAUUUGAAAGGACUUCGCCGGGUGUUGUUGCCGACCGAGACUUUUCUUCAACAGCUUAUCCUCUACGAAGAGGAACUCUAUGGGAAGCCAUUGACUCACCUCGAGGACCUCUGGUUGUGAUCAUCAUCAUCAUCAUCAUAAUCGGCGUCACGGUUCCUUGAUCGUUUGUUUUGUGAUGUGUGAAUUACUUUUUCAUCUCCCCAUCCUCUCCUCUCGUUUCGACCACAAACGAUAGAGGAAGGAGGAGAUGAGGGCAGAUAGCCUUUUUCUGUUUUCUCUUCAUGUCAGUGGCCUAGGUCUAGGCGUGGAGUCUAGACUCUAGAGCCAUCCGUCCCACUGCCAGACAUUCAUGUCACCGAUCCUCCCGCUUCCAAUCGCACGCGAAUCAGGAAACAAAGGACUGCCUUCUUUCGUCUGCUGCCACACUGGUCUUUACUUUCUUCCGAUCGGUCGAAAUUUACACGAGACCGCCAGCAAAUCGAUAGAGCGAGAGCGGCGAUUCAUACGACACCUGUGAAAGUCCAGACGGAAGUCGUCAGUUGAGACUCUGUCC